AUGACUGAGAACCGCUACCGGCCCGCGUCACCUCGGCGAAACCCCUAUCCCGACCCUCGAGCAUCCACUGGUAUGGUUUUUUCCUCUUCGUUCGAUACUCGUUUCUCGUCCCAACCACGAACAGUCCUCGAUCCUUAUCAGAGCACACGCCACGGAAGUUAUAGCACUCAAGGGGUUACAAGCAGGACUUUUCUCGACGAUGCUCAUCCAGGCAGAGGUCCUGUAGUCCGGACAGAGUACGCUGUGCGCCCGCGAAAUAACUCAUCUGUUGGCUCGGAAUCACGACGCCCUGUGAGUGCAUAUAUCGCGAGACCUGCUUCGCCUCCUCGGGUGCGCCCUGUCGUCAGUGUGGCCCGGGAUGAUCCGCGAAGCCCAAUCUUACCUCCAUCAAGAGAAGAGCGCUAUCUGGUCCCCGCGUCUACACAGGCUGGGCGACACCAUCACAGGCAUUCUAGCGCUACUCGUGUAGAGCAGGAUCGACUUGGGCAUGCAAGGGUCAACAGACAGGCCGAGUAUCAUCGACGUGGCGGCUACAAUGCGUACCCCUCGUACACUCGAGAUAAACCAUUACAGGAAGACGGGUUCUCCUACACGACACCCAAAGAACAAUUUCUUCAAGAGUCCUCACUCCCACCUCAGAGGCGUGAGAGCUUUGGUCGGCGAGAACGGCCCAUCAGUACCAUCGGUGUACCAGAGUAUAGACAGUCAAUGAGACGAGAUCUCGGGCCACCCCCAUCUUCCUCUCGUGUUCUGGAUAGGAUCGACCGGAAUGAUAGUGUGAGACACUCAAGCUCUCGUGUAAAUGAGUCCGAUGAUCGGGCGGGAGAUAUUCCUCGACGUCAUUCUUCCAUGCGGGCCCCAGUCUUACACCACUAUCGGGAUGAUAACUACAUCACGGGAAGAGAGGAACGCGAUCCACGGGUAGUACCCAAGCCUAGAUAUGAUCGGUACGAAGAUGAGGAUAGAUCCCAUAAGCACAAACACCGCGAAGAGAGGGAGAGAGAUGUACCCCGCGAUACUGAUCCGCGUCGAGACAGAGACAGAGACCGCGAUCGCGAUCGCGACAGAGAUAGGGAGAGAGAUAGAGACCGAGAUCGAGAACGUGACCGGGAUGUGGAUCGCGAACGAGUUCGAGAAGGCGAGAGAGCUGCAAGAGGUCCAGAUGAUCGUCGUCAACAGAGGAGCCGGGAUACCAGUCCUGAACAGCAGUCUAGCGUCCGGAAGCACUUAUCGAACGUUGCUGCUGCUGCUGUCGGAGCUGGAGUAGCAGGAGCGGCUGUCACAAAAUCUCGCAGUCCUAACGAAGGUUCUGAUAGCGAGGAACACAAAGAUCGAAAGCAUCGGAGGAAGCGACACCACCGCAAUGGCGAUGAACCCGGCCCAGAUGAGGUUACCGAUAGGGCUGAGCGUGAUUUGAAAUCAGCUGAUGGCGGUCGUCGCGAGCGCCGCAAGGAAGAUAUCAAGACUGAGGAUUCUACAGCAGAUGCCCGAGACGAAAAACACGGACGCCGACAUCAUCGUCACAGACAUAGAGACAAAGGAGCACAAGACAAUGAGUCUGACACAACAGAAGACUCGGCUGGACCCGAAUCUCGUCCGCAGCCCCGAUCCGACAGAGAUAAGGACGGAGAGUUGCGUGAGCCUUCUAGGCGUCGAGAACGUACCUCCUCCCGCGAUGGUGAUCGAGACGGCCAAGCACUGCAGCAGCGAACAGCGUCACCUGGUGAAGAAGAAGACAGACCGCGACGUGUCCAGCUCGUCGACCCUGUAGAAAAGAGAGAAGAAUUCAAGCCUAAGGGCAUUCUCAAGCCUCCUCGUGAGAUCCCAUUCCCGGAAGACCCCAAUCCGGAGCGCGAAGGCGUGGCCCCUCUCAAGGAUGCGAAGAAAGACGGAAUUCCGGCCAACGCGCGAUGGACCAAAAUCAGUCGAGCUUUAGUCAACCCUGAGGCGCUAGAGAAGGAGCAUGAGAGAUUUGAAGAACGCGAUGAUUAUGUUAUUGUUCUGCGUGUAGUGACCCGGGAAGAGAUCAUGAAGUUUGCUGAAAGGACCAAGGAGAUCAGAGAAGCACGCGAACGUCAGUGGCAAGCAGAACUGGAGGAGCGGCGGCGACGAAAGAAAGAGAAGGGUUACGAGAGCAGUGACGACUAUUCGGACGAUGAACGAAGAGAACCUCUAGCAAUCGAGCAAGGCAAGCCUCUUCCAGGCGUACAGGGAGACCCUCGAGCAUAUCUGCAUCCACAACAACUGCAGCAGCAGCAACAACAACAACAACAAAAACAACAAGUGCAGCAGCAGUAUCCAUACAGACAUGACCAUCAGCCUGUCGUAGCUGGAGUUCCGGGUACGGUGCACGCACAGCAAGCUCCUGCGCAGCCACCGUCCUUGCCGCCACAGGGACCGCCUGUCCCCGAUAUAAGAGUCGAGCCAAUUGGAAACUACUCAUCUAACGUAUAG